GAUCAUGGGAGACCGUCACCUCGGGAUCCGCGAUAGAACUUUGGUACUGAGGGUUCUCGUUCCCGGCUUGGAAACGCGAUUGAGAGAUAAGGUACGUCCUUAUGCAUUUCUAAAUCAACUUUGAUUCGAAGAACUGUUUUGUUCGUGGAACAUGUCCUUCUGAUGUUUUUUUUGUCAAUUGAUGGGUGGUAUUGUUGCUUUCUUCUAAUGCACAACAAAACCUUGGUAAAAGAUGAAAGAAGUAGAGGAAGCCGCCGACACCGAUCCCGAUACGAAAUCAGCAACGGAGAGAAGCAAUACCGGCAGAACGAGUAGUAGCAGUGGUAACCACAACAAAGAAAUACUGCUCGAUUUAGACGGCGUCGCAUGCGAACCGACGAAAGACAGCUCUACGCUAUGGAACUUUCAUUGCGACGGCGCAACCUAUCCGGCACGACUUGUCAAUUUGCCGUGCCCGGUUGAACUCCACAAAACGCACGAUCACGCCAUGUAUUACAAAUGCUGUGACAUUGCGCAGAUGCUGAUUGUGUAUGAAGACUCUAUGGCUCUCGAUGACGCCGAUGCCUAUCCCAAGAAGACUGGGUACCCGUCCUAUUACCAUUCGGGAAUAACCCUGCCAAUGAAACAAGUCGUUGAGCGACGGUUUGGGCAACGAGACCAUCAGCCGGGAAUCAAGUUUCCUCGCAACGAAGUAUCCGACGUCGAAAGGGAGCUUCACGAACUCAUGUGCAAAAUUUCAAAGGAAGGGGGAAAAGGCAGGAAGCUAAAAAUUCCAAGUCUUGCGAAUCAAAACAAAGUCUUGCAAGAAGUAGAAGAAGAAGUAGUCAUAGACUACGAACCAUGGAUGGAAGAUGGUAUUGAAUUCGAAGCAACAGACCAGAUCGCAAGUCUCCAUCCCGAAAUUUGGUUGUCACCUGAAAAGAUAAAAGAAAUAAAACAAAAAGAAGAAGAGAAAGAAGAGGAAGAAAGGAAAAAGAGACAAAAGGAAAGAGAGAAAAAAGAGAAGAAGAAAAAGAAAAAGGAGCAAAAGGUGGCGGCGAAAAAAGCCGCAGCGGAGGUGGCUGCGGCAGCACCGCUGAAGAGAAAAGGCAUUCCGUCCAAAAAGUACAUAAAAGAAGACAAAAAAGAAGACGAUUUUAUCGAGCAAUCCGCAAAACUGGCUUUGAAAGGAGACGAUUUCUCCAAUGAGGAUUUUUUGGGGGAUGGUCUCGAUGAUCUUGGUUUCAACUUCGACGAUGCGGACCUAAUUUGAGCCAACCUCAUUUCUUGCUCGCCGUGCCAUUGCAAAGGGGAUAGGAAUUUGGUAUAGCGGUCUACGGUUGAGUUUUUUGGAAAGGAAAACAUUGAGGGAAUAUUCAUUCAUAUUCUCUUUGUCAAUAUUGCUAUAACACCAUUAGAUAAUACACUAAUUAUACCAGU